AUGCCGGCCUCGGCGGUAAAGCAAAUGCUACAAUGCACCCCGCGGCUCAAAUCAUUCGUCUACGAAUAUUUCCGCACCUCCUCUACGUUAGAGUUAGACCACCUCCACACAGGCAUAGAGUAUGUGCGAUCGACACUGGAAGAUCUCACUGUUCGUAUUGGAAUUGCCGAGGCCAUCACUGUCGAACCUUCUGGUCGUGCACGGGAGGUUUUAUGCGGCAAACUGGGCUCCCUCAGAUCAUUCUCAGCGUUGAAGAAGCGUUCCACCUCGUUCUUUGCACCGUUCGGCCAGAUCGUCGACAUUCAGGCGGCAGUGUACGACCUGUCUUCUAUGCUUCCACCCCAUCUCGAGCACCUCUUGAUCGCCGAUGACUUGUGGAACCUGCGUAUUCUCAUCGACAAAACUCGACUCUGUCCGUUCAAGGUCGCCACACCUGAACUCCAGAAAUCUUCCGCUGACCUGCGGCAAGCUGUGGCGUCUGUCUCCGUGCGUGGUGUGGCUAGAUUGGGUGCUAGUCAGAUGAAACCAGCGCCUUUUUGCUCCUCCAGUGACCGUGGGUACUACGAUUUUAGUGUUGCGAGGCGUAGACGUGGGAUUGAGAACAGGCUGAAGUGCGUCAAACAGACAGAAGGUGGUCAAACCGACGAUUAG